GCAGUGCAAACACAACAUCAUCGUCUCUCUCCACUUUGUUCAAGUACUGUCCGUUUCGAAGAGAAGAGCGCAGAGCCGCUGCUGCUGCUCUUUAAAGCCUGUCACCUCGCCACCACCUACCUAAUCCUCCCUCACCACUCUCUCUCUCUCCUACCAUCGCCUGGAGCCCUGAUCCCCUAGUGACCUUUCUCCCCUUUUCCGUGUUGUUUGAUUCUAGUAAUUUCAAGAACGAUGCUUCGUGCUUCCUCGGCCACCGAUGGCAAGGUGGCGCCUUGACGUCGGAGGUUCUCGCCUUCCGUCGUGUCGGUGACGAAAGCGAGGACCUUUGGGGGCGCAGUGAGCAAGAAGGAAGUGAUUGCUGAAACUUUGAUUUGUUUUGGGUUGGGGGGUUAGAUCUAUAUGGUAGCUCGUCUUUUGCAUCGGGUCUUUCGCAUUCUGUUUUGUCCUUGACGUUUAUCAUACCUCGAUGGUUCUUUGAUUUCGUUCCCUGUUCAAAGUUUGACGCUCUCGAUCCUUGGUCAGAAUCUGCUCUCUUCGUGGAUCUUUGGAGGCGAGUCGUUUGCCUUUGGGAUUCUGUUCUUUUGCUGGAGAACAGACACUUCUGCUAGGAACAAGCUGCCUCCUUUUGUCUUUGGAAUUACUUAAGCGAGCUUGCUUAAGCCCAAAACCAUCAUAGACGCCAACAUCUGAAGCAGUUCUGUCUUUAUCAAUCUUCAUUCGUAAGGCUUGCCCGUACAGUCGUUGCUCUUUUUUCUUUCUGGGAAUCUUAGAAUCAAAGCAGCGUUGAAAAGAAAAAGGUCGGAAAGAGAGAAAAAAAAGGUGACAAGUCGGUUCAAUCCCUCUUCGAUUUGCCGUUUUGGAUCAGUCUACGAAGUGAUGGCGGCAGCUGUGGCGUUGCGCAGUGGAGGUAUGGAGAAACAGUCCAUAGAUACAGGGAAGUAUGUAAGGUACACAACAGAGCAGGUGGAGGCGCUUGAGCGGCUUUAUGGAGAGUGCUCAAAGCCGAGCUCUACGCGCCGUCAACAGCUGAUUCGAGAGUGCCCUAUUCUGGCCAACAUUGACCCGAAGCAGAUAAAAGUCUGGUUUCAGAAUCGAAGGUGCCGUGAGAAGCAGAGGAAGGAGUCUUGCCGUCUUCAAGCUCUCAAUCGAAAAUUGUCUGCAAUGAAUAAGCUAUUGAUGGAAGAAAAUGAAAGGCUUCAGAAGCAAGUCAACCAAUUGGUCCAUGAAAAUGCAAUAAUGCGACAACAGCUACAAAAUGUUUCCUUGGCUAAUGACACAAGUUGUGAAUCAGUUUUGACCAACCCACAAAAUCCUCUAAGAGACGACAAUAAUCCCGCUGGACUCCUAUCUAUUGCUGAGGAAGCAUUGGCUGAGUUCCUCGCAAAAGCUACAGGGACUGCUGUUGAUUGGGUCCAGAUGCCUGGGAUGAAGCCUGGUCCAGAUUCAGUUGGGAUUGUUGCUAUUUCUCAUAGCUCAUGUGGGGUGGCAGCAAGGGCCUGUGGUUUAGUCAACUUGGAAGCUGGGAAGAUUGCAGAUAUCUUCAAAGACAAGCCAUCUUGGUUUCAUGAUUGCCAUAGUCAUGAGGUCUUCACCAUGUUUCCCACUGGAAAUGGAGGCACGAUUGAACUUGUAUAUAUGCAGAUGUAUGCUCCAACUACUUUGGCUCCUGCACGUGAUCUCUGGACCUUAAGGUACACUACAAGCCUGAAAGAUGGAAGUCUUGUGAUCUGUGAGAAAUCAUUAAGUGGAGGUGGCCCUAUUUCUACCACAUCUCACCAAUUUGUCAGAGCUGUUAUGCUUCCUAGUGGCUGUUUAAUUCGACCAUGCGAAGGAGGGGGGUCGAUUGUCCACAUUGUUGACCACUUGGAUCUGGAGGCAUCUAGGGUUCCUGAAGUACUGCGACCACUUUAUGAGUCAUCUAAUGUUGUAGCUCAGAAAAUGACUGUCACGGCACUUCGUCAUGUCAAGCAAAUAGCACAGGAAGUGACUGGUGAUGUAACAUAUGCCCUUGGUAGGGAGCCUGCUCUUUUACGGAGUUUUAGCCAACGAUUACACAGAGGUUUUAAUGAUGCCGUUAAUGGUUUCAAUGACGAUGGUUGGUCACUCAUAGAGACCGAUGGCAUGGAUGUAGUAGUUGCUACCAACACUGCAAAGAAAAUUGGUAACCAUGCCAUUCCUGCCAAUGCUUUUGUGUCGACUGGAGGUGUCCUAUGUGCUAAGGCUUCAAUGCUACUUCAAAGUGUUCCACCAGCAUUACUAGUUCGAUUUCUGAGGGAGCACCGUUCUGAAUGGGCUGAUUAUAAUUUAGAUGCAUAUUCUGCUGCCUCCUUGAAAACUGGUGUAUGUUCCUUUCCUGGAUGGAGACCUACCAAAUUUUCUGGGAGUCAGACAAUCAUGCCACUUGCUCACACAAUUGAGAAUGAGGAGUCUCUUGAAGUUGUUCGUCUGGAAGGUGAGGCCCUUACUCAUGGAGCCAUCUUAUCCACAAAUAUACAUCUCCUACAGAUUUGCUAUGGAAUAGAGGAUAAUUCUCUGGGAACUUGCUUUCAGCUUGUGUUUGCACCAAUAGUCGAACAUUUUCCUGAUGAUGUGCCCUUGCUAGCAUCUGGAUUCCGUGUUAUGCCGUUGGAUACAAAAACAAAUGGCAUGCCAUCCACUCACACUUUGGAUCUAACAUCUAGCCUUGGAGCAUCUAGUAGAAACCAAUCUGCUGGAGAUAAUAAAUCUACCGAUUAUCACAAUACACGGUCAAUUUUGACAAUUGCCUUCCAAUUUCCUUAUGAAGCACAUCUCCAGGAUAGUAUUGCUGCCACGGCUAGACAAUAUGUCCGAAGCAUCGUCUCGUCAGUGCAGAGAGUCUCAAUGGCCUUAACUCAAGUACGACCUGGCCAUAACAUAGGGAGCAAACAACUUCCUGGCUCCCCUGACGCCGUCACUCUCGCUCAUUGGAUCUGUCAAAGUUACAAUCAUCAUCUGGGGAUGGAUUUACUGAGAAAUGAUGGUGGAAAUGAAGAAUCAUUGUUGAAAACACUCUGGCAUCAUCAAGAUGCUAUUCUGUGUUGCUCGUUUGAGAUGCAACCGGUGUUCACCUUCGCGAACCAGGCAGGGCUUGAUAUGCUGGAGACCUCCCUCGUAGCACUGCAGGAUAUCACCCUCGAUAAGAUCUUUGAUGAAGAUGGUCAGAAACAACUUCACUCUGGGCUUGUUAAGUUAAUGGAACAGGGUUACAUAUAUCUCCCUGCUGGUGUGUGCUGCUCGGGGAUGGGUCGUCAUGUUUCGUUUGAACAGGCAAUCGCAUGGAAAGUUGUGCGCGAAGAUAACAAUGCACAUUGUGUUGCUCUAUGCUUUGUAAAUUGGGCCUUCUUGUGAUACAAUAUGCUUGUCAAGGUUUUCUGAGUUAGGUUGGGGUUUGUAGGGCUCAAUUUUGAAUGACUACUAAAUCCAAAUGUUUGUGUAUUUGAUAAUGGACACAAUAGUAAACAAGUGGAUAAUUGAGUUGCUAUAUAGAUUAAUCAUUUUGCCAA